GUGACGGCGCUGCCCAAUCCCCGCCGCCCCCCCGGCCCGUCCUGUCCCGGCAGCCCGCGCGCGGUGCGGCGGUGGCUCUGUCGGUAAAAUGGCGGCCGUGAGUCUGAGGCUCGGAGAUCUGGUGUGGGGGAAGCUGGGCCGGUAUCCCCCAUGGCCAGGAAAGAUUGUUAAUCCACCUAAAGAUCUGAAGAAACCUCGUGGGAAGAAGUGCUUCUUUGUGAAGUUUUUUGGAACAGAAGAUCAUGCUUGGAUCAAAGUGGAACAGCUGAAGCCCUAUCACCCUCACAAAGAGGAAAUGAUCAAAAUUAACAAGGGUAAGCGCUUCCAGCAAGCCGUGGAUGCUGUGGAAGAGUUUCUUAGAAAAAACAAAGGCAAGGACCAGGCCUCUUCCCAUAACUCCAGUGAAGAGAAGAAUCGCCGUAAUUCCAGUGAAGAGAGAGGCAAGCAAUCUGCUGGUGAAGAGAAACGCAAAACCAGUUUGUCUGAAGGGAAGUUGAAGAAGGGCACUGGGGAAGGCAAAAAGAGGGUCUCUUCUGUAUCGUCAGAGAGAGGAUCAAAAUCACCUUUGAAAAGAGCCCAGGAUCAGAGCCCCCGAAAGCGGGGGCGUCCGCCAAAGGAUGAGAAGGACCUUACAAUUCCAGAGUCCAGUACAGUGAAGAGGGUGAUGGCUGGAACAGUGGCUGGAUUUAAAUGGCCCCCGAGCGUCAGUGAGCCUGUGAAGGACAGUGAUCCACACUUUCAUCACUUCCUACUGAGCCAGACAGAGAAGCCAGCUGUCUGCUAUCAAGCCAUCACAAAGAAGCUGAAGGUUUGUGAAGAGGAAACAGGAUCCACCUCCAUCCAGGCAGCAGACAGCACAGCAGUCAAUGGCAGUAUCACUCCUACAGACAAAAAGAUAGGAUUUCUGGGACUUGGCCUGAUGGGAAGUGGCAUUGUCUCCAACUUACUGAAGAUGGGUCACACUGUCACAGUCUGGAACCGGACUGCUGAGAAGUGUGAUUUGUUCAUCCAGGAGGGGGCACGGCUGGGAAGAACCCCCGCUGAAGUUGUCUCCACCUGUGACAUCACCUUUGCCUGUGUAUCAGAUCCAAAAGCAGCAAAGGAUCUGGUGCUGGGUCCGAGUGGAGUGUUGCAGGGCAUUCGCCCCGGGAAGUGCUACGUGGAUAUGUCCACUGUGGAUGCAGAGACAGUCACAGAGCUGGCCCAGGUGAUAGUGUCCCGGGGUGGUCGCUUUUUGGAAGCACCAGUCUCGGGAAACCAGCAGUUAUCUAAUGAUGGGAUGCUUGUGAUCCUGGCAGCUGGUGACAGGGGUUUAUAUGAGGACUGCAGUAGCUGUUUCCAAGCAAUGGGGAAGACCUCUUUUUUCCUAGGUGAAGUAGGCAAUGCUGCCAAGAUGAUGCUGAUUGUGAACAUGGUCCAAGGCAGCUUCAUGGCAACAAUAGCAGAAGGACUGACUUUGGCUCAAGUGACUGGCCAGUCCCAGCAGACCCUUCUGGAUAUCCUCAAUCAGGGACAACUUGCCAGCAUCUUCCUGGACCAGAAGUGCCAAAAUAUCUUGCAAGGAAACUUUAAACCAGAUUUCUACUUAAAAUACAUACAGAAGGAUCUUAGAUUAGCUAUUGCACUGGGCGAUUCUGUCAACCACCCAACUCCCAUGGCAGCUGCUGCCAAUGAGGUCUAUAAACGAGCAAAAGCGUUGGACCAGUCAGACAACGACAUGUCUGCAGUGUACAGGGCCUACAUCCACUAGGCUGCACCAUUCUUACUGUUAAUACUAUGAUUAUUGAUUAAUAUUAUUAUGAUACUGGGUUUUAACUCUGGACCAGUCCAUCUCUGUCUCUCCAUUUCCUUUUAUACACAGACUUUGAGAUCUGCCAUGGAGGCAGCUGCUGCAGUGAGCCUUCCCCUGGUGGCAGAAGGGGGGGAGGAGGGAGGCUCAGUUUGUUGCAGUCUAAUUAGAGAAAUCCAUGCCAUGCACUGACAGUCAUGGAACAGAACAGUGGCGGCUUGUUCAGAAGCUCUGAGGCAACUCUGCCAGAAAUCUGCUGCUUGGCUGCUUUUAUUUUCCUCUUUGUAUGCUUGUCCAAGAUGCUGUUUCUAAUGAUCCUUUUUCUCUUUUGCUGUGAAAUAAUGUGCGUGUUGGACUCUCUGCAUCAAGGGGACAGGUGACAUACAUCCCAUCUACCUGUGAAUAGCACUAAAGUCCUUGGUCCCAAGUAAGGGGAGGAGCAUUCCUGUUAAUCGGCCACUGUUAGAGAACAAAGCACCUCCCAUGGAGGAGAAUGGCAGUUCCAGAAGGUAAUGGGGUUGCAUGCAAGACUGUCUUGAUUCUGGUUUUUUUUUAAACUUCCACCUCCCCAGCACCGUGAUGGAGGAGUUCUUCAUACUGUUAAGAACAGAUUGCAUCCAUGUCUUCCCCUGUACAGACAACUAUAGCUUAGGGAACACAAAAAUCCUUGCUGAAAAUGAGAGAAUGCCAGUGUAAAUUAGUCUCCUAAAAGGCUAAUCAGAGCUGCCCAGCCCACAGACAGCAUUGGAGAUCAACACAUUUGCAUAGGAAACUGCAAGAGGAACAUAGCCUAAAACUGGGCCAGAGAUAUUUUAUUUGGAGAAGGAACACACCUUAGAGUUGCUCCUGGCAUUAGCUUAUGUGGGGGUUUUUUUGGGGUUUUUUUUGUUUCGUUUUUUUGGGGGGGGGGUUUGGUUUUUUUUUACCCUUGUAGUCUAUAAUUACAAAGGUGUCUGGAGUUGUAGCAGUGUCACAAGCAGAGUGAUGAGUUUGGAAGGGGUGAGAGGAAUGAUCAUGGAGUCAAGAGGUUGAGGGUGCUGAGCUCUGGCCUUUGCAUGGUCAUUAUAUCUCUUAGCCUGUUUGCCCAUCUUUAAAGGUGGGUGAUGAUUACCUACCUCACAGGGAUAUUUUGUGUCCUGAUUAGUGAUCUAUAUACAUGUCAGGUUUUCCAUACAUGUUCCUAGUGUUGCUAUUAUGGGUACAACACUAGCACAGCAUGAGACUUUUUCCUGUACCUGUGACUCUGCUUGUGGCCAGAUACCAGAGAUUAGUAAUUAAAAGAGGAGGCAAAGGCCAUUGCUGAGCUUUAGUCUAGAGAUGUGGGACUUGAACUGCAGAUGCCAGGGCUAGAAAGCAGAGAUGCUGUCUGUGUUGAUAGCAGACCAACCCAGAGUCCAAAGGAUGCCUGUCUCUCUCAGAAUGCACAGAAUGUGGUUUGUGUGUUUUCCUCUCUUUUAAAUUGUGCUCAGUAUUAGCCUUUUAGGAUGGUUCUUGCAUUUUAGAUUUGAGAGGUAGUAAAAUGCCAGUAAGAAACUUCAUUGGCCAAAAUCACUUCUCAGUGGCACAAUCUCCCUUGGGUUGGGAUUCUGAAAGGAAAGAAAGCAAAUUGAAAUUACACCCUUUUCCUUUAAAUCCACGAGUUUUGCCCUUUCUACUGUCUUAUUUUUCUAGGAACUUAAGGGUUGUGUAGGGAGAUUUUCCUGUGGGUUAGGAUUUCUUGCCAAUCCUGCUUUGUGCAACACGUGCAUAUGGUUCAGAGGCACCUUAGUAAGAAAAAGUAUCAGAUACCCAUUAUGGAUCAUGACAUCUAACACCCAGUGCUGUAGAUGUUACUUUGUUGGAUAUUUCACUUCCUGCAAUCACUAUUUAUGGGCUAAUCUUGUGUUCUGCAUUAUGUCCUGUGGUGAACAUCUCCCAGCAACAGAUCUGUUGGACAUCACAUUGCCUGUUUGUCAGUGAUAUGUGUGAACAAUAGGAGUAAUACAUACAUAUUUCUUUGGCAGUGCAACUGUCAGCCUGCAUGUAGAUAUUCAUAUUAAAGACACAUGUAACUACCCAUGAUAACCAGCCAUCUGCCUGCUUUUGACACACUUGUGUUUCCCCCAUCCAGAAGGAUUCAGCUUUUAGUCCUUGGUUCAGCAUCCCACGGUUAAGAAAUCCCUUAGAUGAAUUGUGUAUUGAGGGCAUCUGGGGGAAAUUUGUAUUUUGGGGUCAGGAGAUAAUAUCACAGGUUUUACAGUGCAAGGCAUUUUGGGGAGGAAGAGGGAGGUACUGUCUGUCUCACCUCCAGUUGGGAGUGGAACUGUGCUGAGCCAGUGCAGCAACAUUCCCAGCCUGUCCCUGCAGAGGUCUGUUGGUGAAGGUGAAUGGGUCUGAGCAAAGAAAAUGGAGGAUCUCCCUCUUUUUGACUUUGUGGUGCCUCUGGAUAGAGUGAGAACACUUGAAAGGAGCUCUCAAGUCCCCUGAAGGGUUUGUCAGUGGUAGUUCAAAGAACUAUAUGUGUGAGUGGGAGAACCACUCCUUGAGCACCUCACUGCUUCAGGUUUUGUUUUCCAGAAAUACUGUAGUUGUCAAAAAUGGAGAUGGUUAUUUCAGUGAGAGUGCCAGGUGCAGCUGAACACUCAUUUAUCCUGGGAAGGUCUGGCUGCAGCCUGCUGGAGAGGGAUGCAGGGAGGGUGUGGGGUUGCCCAGCCAGCUGUAACCAUAGGCAGGCCAGGGGGGAGGAGGAGACGUGAGAGCUCUGAGAUGGAUGUGAAGUGUGGAAGAGGGAUGGAAAUGGUGAAAACUGGAGUGCUGCAGGUGCUGUUUGGGAUUGCCUCGUGCUGAUCUCACUCGGAUUCUUGUAUUUAUGUCUGUUACCUCUGAAUAUGGAUCUUAAUCUGUUCCUAGGCCUGAGAUUUGGGGGAGGGGAGGGAGGGGGGGAAAGCUGUGGAUUGAGAGAUGCUCUAAUAAAACUGGCUAGUCAAUGUUGUCUUAAUAUUGUUGACAAUUCUGUAAAGUUUCUUUUUAUGAGAAUUUCUGUUUUAGCGAUUUUGCUUUUUUUUUUUUUUUUGACUCCCUCCUUUUCAAAGAGAAAAUGUGACACUUGUGAAAAGCUUGUAAGAAAAGCAGUUUCAUUUUUCCUCAAUGAUAGAUCUUAUAGUUAAUUAAGGUUGUGAAUUUUUAUUUUUUGCCUUGUUUUUAAUUAACGUUUGUCAUUCAGAAUAGGAUGUGUGAAGAUGUUUAAAUGGCAAAACAAAGUUUUUUUUUGUGCAAUUAACAAAAGCUACUGGCAAAAAGAAUAAAACCUUUCUUGGUAACACAA